UGGAUCCUCUCUUCGCAGUGCAGCUCACGUGCAUAGCAUUUGCCGCCAGUGUUUCCCGGGAAGCGUGAGAAGCAGUCAGGGAUCUUUGAAUGCUAUUACGUUCCACUCUGAAAGCAAAGCUUAGGCGUCCUCCAAUAUUAUUUUUUUCAGGCGGUGACGGCCAACGUUACACUGGUAACGUUGGUGGCGGCUAUAGGGGGCUCAAUCGUGGGCUGCAGCUAUAAUGUUUCUAGCCUCUGUACUGCAGCUGCAGCAGCUUUGAGCUGUACAAGUGGCGCCACAUGCGACGCAGAGCGCCACUAAUCAGUCGUUGCCAAGCGCGUGCGGGCGACUGCAUGAUGGCACGAAAGAACGGUGCAGAAUCGCGGUCAAGCAAGAGUGGAACUGUUUACUGUUGCGUGUACGGCUGCCACAACAGCUACCGAAACACCGCCGGUAAGCUCCCACGGAUAAAAUUUUAUGGAUUUCCUUGGAAGUCGUACGAGAAGGAACGACGGGAGCGCUGGGUCCUAGCCGUACGACGGGCGAGGCCCGAAGGAGGCCUUUGGCAACCUGUGAAGAAUCGAACCCGUAUAUGCAGUGCCCACUUCGUCGGCAACGAGAGAAGCUCGAUAGACCAACACCCUGCCUACGUUCCGACGAUUUUUCCUGCGUGCUAUGGGAAAGGCGAUGACGUGGCACCAACAACGAAGCUUGAAAGAUUUCAGCUACUGGAGCUGCGUGGGUCAGCAGCUGUGGGAGGGCCACCCAUACACACCGCAACAUCCGGUGAAGCUUUGCCGCAGGAGGAGUUGCUUCCUGGUAUUGCUCAGAAGCCGAUUGCCUUUGCAUCUGUGAUGACUCAAACAGAAGAAGAUAAAAGCAGUGGUUGUUGCAGCCUGUUCCUUUCUGUGUCAUCAGGAGGCUCGGCGUGUACGCAAGUGCGCCAUUCAAACACCAUUGAUGCAGCUGUACAGGCAGUGCCAACCACUUUGAUGACAAGCACUGGAUCAGAAGAGUGCGGUUGCGUGUCCCUUGGUUACGACUCUCUCAUUGAGCGCAGACAUGCCUUCAGGGAACUUUGUGGUAAGCAUGCCUGACUCAGAGAAGGCGCAAGGACGACAACAGCAAUUGCGCAACAGCAAUAGCGAAAAUAAGGGACCUCUGCCGUACAUCUUCGAAUAAUUUUUUGGUGAUGAUACCUUAAUAUCAGAGGACAGGCUGCAUAAUGUUGGUACAGACAACUAAAAUUAUCCAAGCCAGUCUAAAGAGAGAGCAUGGAGGAACUUGAGGCAGCCAAUCGAGGACGGACGAAAUUUCAAGAACAGAUGCUAGGCGACAAGGAAGAUCACGAAGAAGAGUAUCGGAAAAUUUACAAUCCCCUCUGCUGUGGGCACUGCAGUUACAGCACAUUCAUAAACGGAACGGGCAUUACCAGCUGGUUGCAACUGCCGAUGCCAUCAUAUCGUGCAACCUGUUGAAAACUUGCAACAAUGCAGGAAAUACCUGCUACCUCAACAUUACACCACCAUAUGCUCUAUCAAUGGCUUUUCUUGGGAACUUAUUCAGAAUGUUUCAUAACUGCAGCAUCGAGGGGGGCCUAGAGGCAGAUGCAGGACAGAUGCAAUCCUCGGACCUUUCUUGUAUUGUUCAGUGGUACCAAUGUGCAAAGUCGGGGUGACCACAAGUGCAAAGGAAUAUCCUAGGAGUGUCGAGGAGGGUUGAGUGGCACAAGCCAGGAUGCAUGAUUUAGUUAAAAAUGGGAUUCAGCUUGUGGUCGUCUUCUUGGACUUCUUGAGCCAAAUUAGUGGCUACAAGGUCGUUGUUGCCAGAAUUUGAGCUGGCUCGGUGAUUCAAGAUGCAUUGGUGCAUGUGUGGGGGGGGGGGGGGGGUGAUUAUGAAGUCAUCCUAACAGUGUCUGGCCCUGUGAACACUGUGGUGAAGAUGGCUGCUGGUCCAGCCAUGCACCGGGCGUGUUAUAAGUGUGUACAAGGUCAGUUUCCAUGUAAACAUAACCACAACAGCAAUGGUGCUACAAGGUCUACACUACUGCAUGCAACAGUUGCGACUCAUUAGAUAGCCCAGUCAUAUAUGAUCAUUGGCACUUAACAUUGUCAUAACUGUAGCAGCUGCAAGUUCACAAGGGCACUUUUACACACCUGAUGUUUGCCGAGAAGUUCAGAACAUGCACAGACAGGAGGUAGAGGAUAGGUGGACUAGCUUGAGCAUGUAUAUAGGGAAAACAGGAAGUGCAAAACAGCGGGAUCACUCGGAUUUUCUGUGGAUUAUUCAAGACUUUCAGAAUACUGCAAUUUUGUCUUGGCAUAUGCAGCAAGAAACCAUAAAAAUUCUUGACACCUACAUCAGGCAUGGUGGUGUUAAAACAUACUGUGUUAAACAGCCACAAGUUGUGCUAUCUGAAAAAUGAAAUUAGACACCUCCAGUACAUGUGCUAUACUUGAAGCACAUGGCCUGACAAUUCUGCUGAAGAUGCUGCUGUCAUUGUUAAUAUUUCUUAUUUUCUGUUGAUGCUCCUGGUUUUUCUUGCCUGUCCCGAUUGUUUUACACCUCUUCAGUCAACUUUUGUGGAGAGUAAGGACAUGUUCAUUUUCUUGUCCAUGUUGCUUUGCACUUCCCGUUUACCAAUGUGAUACAAAGCACUUCGGUAAUAUAUUUGUGUGUGUACAUGGGCGCACACUUUCGUUUUCAGGUAUUUUGCAGUUUGAGAAACCUACCCCAUACAGUGAUCUGAAGCCUACUGCUAUGUAAAGCGAGACUGUUUUUUUUUUUCCAAGCACCAUGCUGGAAUUGCUUAACAAGUACGUGAGCUAUUGGAAUAAAGAUGGCGUAUCUUAUAUAAUAUUUGUUUAAUUCACUUUCUUACACACACAGUAUUUCAGUGGUGCAGCAUGGCACAACCAAGAAAGCAUAGCAAUGCCAAUGCCCGACUUCUCUGGUUGCACUAUUCACAUGUGGUGAGGAGCAAGUGAGCAGAAGUAACAGGCAAAAUAAAUCAAGUUACAGCCAGAUGGUAUUUCAAGACGAUUCGCGCACUCUUUGUCACUUUUCCAAGACAAUGGCUGUGGUUGUCAUGCACCUCAUCAAUAUGUGUUAUAAUCGUAAACAUUACAUUUUACUUUGCUCCUUUCAAGAUGUCCUAAAAUCAGCCUGUCUUGUCGCAUACAUGUGAAUACGGUAUUUCGUGGCAUUGAAUUAAAAAAAACAUUUACCAGGACAUUUUUUGCAGGCUUGUUCGUGAAUGCCCCACGCGGUAAGAGGACCUGCA